CAUGACCCUUGCAUAACCGUCCCGAUCGCGUUUCCGACCGUUGUGCCACCUCCGCCGGCCAGCACCGGCGGUGGGGGCGCGAUAUUGUCGACGGCUCGAAGCGAGUAUAAUAGCUGCCGCCACAGCUCUUGAAUUACAUCAAGAUAACUACCGUAGUGAUCAUGGAACAACGAAAUCCACACGAGCUAUGCCGCGAAUCUGCGCUGGAACGCGCGCUUUCCUACGGCUACAAUACCGCCAUCGAGCGUACUCGGCCGCAGGAAUAUCCGCAACUGACAGAAUGUACGUACCUCGACCACGCGGGCGCCACGCCUUCGCCCGUAUCGGGCAUCCGCGCGUUCUCUGCCGACCUGUGCAGCAAUCUCUACGGCAACCCGCACAGCGCCUCGCCGUCGUCGCUGCUGUCCACCCAGCGCGUAAACGAUGUGAGGCUCCGCGUGCUGCGGUAUCUCAAUGCGGAUCCGGAGGCGUUUGAUGUCGUCUUUUGUGGCAAUGCGACGGCUGCUGUGAAGCUCGUUGCGGAGGGGUUUGUGGCUGCAGGUGAGGGAGAGGAGGGAUGGAGAUAUAGGUUCCAUGGCGAUGCACAUACGAGCUUGGUCGGCGUCAGGGAGUUGGCAACUGAUGCGAGCUGUCUGGAGACGGAUGCGGAUGUGGAGCGGUGGUUAGAGGAGCCUUCGGAGCCUUCCGAGGGGGGGAGGGGCGAGGACGGGCCGGGACUGUUUGCGUGGCCGGGCCAGAGCAAUCUCACCGGGCGGCGGCUGCCUCUGCAGUGGGCGGGUCGGAUCCGCGCCCGCCGGCGGAACUACUACACACUGCUUGACGCGGCGGCACUGCUGACCACCUCGCCGCUGGACCUUAGCGGCGCCGGUGCCGCCCCCGACUUCACGGUGUUCAGCUUCUACAAGAUCUUUGGGUUCCCGGACCUAGGCGGGCUGGUCGUGCGGCGGGCGAGCGCGGGCGUGCUAGCGGGCCGGCGGUAUUUCGGCGGCGGCACGGUGGGCGGCCUCACGAUCCACGGGUUUGUCGCACGGAAGACUGAGGCGCCGCAUCAGUUCCUUGAGGACGGGACGGUGCCGUUCCAUUCGAUCAUUGCGCUGGACGCGAUGAUGACCGCGCGGGAGCGCGUGCAUGGAUCGCCGGUGGAGGUGUGCGCUCACGCUUUCUCGCUGGCGAGGCUGGCACGGGAGUUGAUGGGGGAGUUGGAACAUGGGAAUGGUCGGAGGGUGUGCACUAUCUACGGCGCGGGCGACUUCGCGUCCGCCCGAGAACAGGGCCCGACUAUAGCGUUCAAUAUGCGGAAGCCGGAUGGUGCCUGGGUCGGCUACGCCGAUGUCGAGAAGCUGGCCGCCGUGAAAAAGAUUCAUCUCAGGGUCGGCACGAUGUGUAACCCCGGCGGUAUGAGCAGCUAUGUCGGCCUCAAAAGCUGGGAGAUGGAACAGAACUAUAAGGCAGGACAUGUGUGCUCGGACGAUCGGGAUGUCAUCGGCGGGAAGCCGACGGGCGCCGUCAGGGUCUCGUUUGCGGCGAUGAGUACGCUCGACGAUGUGCUGGUGCUGGUACGGUUCUUGGAGGAGUUUUAUGUGGAUCGCGGGUGUGUUCCGACUCCGAUCCCGGUGCCGGAUGGGAUUGGAGACGGGCAGGAUGAGGUCGUCGUGGAUAGUUUAAUAAUAUACCCGAUCAAGUCCUGCGGUGGCUACAAGAUUUCGCCAAACGUCGCAUGGGAGAUCAAGCCACACGGGCUGGCCUGGGACCGCGAAUGGUGUCUCGUGCACCUUGGUACCGGCGCAGCACUGAGUCAAAAAGCCUACAACAAAAUGGCCCUCCUCCGACCAGAGAUAGAUCUCUCAACCGGCGUGCUCACCGUCACCUCCCCGACUACUUCCCUCCCACCUCUACAAAUCCCGCUCCACGCAUCCCCCACAUCCCUCCACGCAUCCGCCUCCCGCGUCUGCGGCGACAAGAUCACAGCGCUGACCUACAACACCCCGUCCAUAACCAACUUCUUCACCGCGGCCGUCGGAGUCCCGUGCACGCUGGCCCGGCUCCCACCCGACUCUGCAAGCCGCAACUACAAGCCGCACCUGAGCGUUCCGCCACAGCCGGGGGGGAGCAAACAACCAGCGAUCCAGCUAAGCAACGAAUCUCCCAUCCUGCUGCUGAACCUCGCCAGCGUCGCCUCCCUCAACCUUGCGAUCUCAUCCACCGGCGGAAAACCCGCCAGCGCGGACGUAUUCCGCGCCAACAUUGUGGUGCGCUGCGCAUCCGCUUAUGCGGAGGAUGCAUGGGCGCGCGUGAGGAUAGGAGAAGAGUGCUUUGAUAUCCUUGGCCCGUGUAGACGCUGCCAUAUGGUCUGUAUCGACCAGACUACCGCACAGAAGGAUGAGGAGCCGUUUGUAACCCUCGCCAGGACACGCAGGGUUGAAGGAAGGGUGCUGUUUGGUAUGCAUGCUACGCAUUUGCCGCGACUGGCUGGCGAUGAAGACAGUAAUGGCAAUGGCAAUGGCAAUGGCACGCCGACGAUACGGGUGGGCGAUAAGGUAGUGGUGCUUCCUCGUGAGGAGGAGGCGGAAGUGGAGAGCUCCGUGGAUGCGCGGAGGCAGACGGUGGAGGUGCAGGUAGAGGUCGAGGUGGAAGCUCGCAAGCAGCAGGGAGGGUUAUUGCACUCAUUGGCGGCGAUGGUUCCAAGGUCUUUACGGGCUGGAGCGUAAUGUUGGUGUUGGCAAGCAUACAUGUAUUUCAUAAUUAUCUUGGGCGUUCUUGGGGGAGUUGUAUUUACCGAUAUUUCCAAGCAUUUACCGUUUACGUUUUAUUCCGCACUUCGGAUUACCGUACUGCACCUGCAUGCGCGUGUAUGUGUGUAUGUAGAUCCUAGU